AUGUUCUCAUUAUUACCAGCAUUUAUUCUCUUUUUGAUAUUUCCUUCAGGGAUCAGUCUUAAAGUUGCAAUUAUUGGUGGAGGCAUUGGUGGUGCAUCUUCUGCAUAUUUUUUGCGAACACUUGCACCAUCUGAAACUAACAUUGAGAUUCACUUAUUUAAUCAAGGCAGUAUUGGAGGGCGACUGACAACUGUCCAGAUGCAGUACAAUGGCGAGGAACGCAUUUUUGAAGCUGGUGGCACUAUUUUACAUCCUGCUAAUCUUUAUUUCAAAAACUGGAUUGAAAAGUUUGGAUUGCAUAAGAAUAAGCCUCAUGAAAAUGGUAUUAUGGGCAUAUGGAAUGGUGAGGAAUUUGUAUUCCUGAAAAGUUCAUGGUAUCUCAUCACAUUUUACCGACUGCUGAAGAGAUACGGUUUUGAUCUAUUGAAAGGUCAUUUUGAAAUCAGCAGUCUUUUGUCGGAUUUCGAGAACAUUUACGCUAUGUUGGAAUCGUUUGAUACUGUGAGUAUUUUGAUUAGCCAGGGUAGAUCGUUUGAUACUGUGGAUGCAAUGGUAACGGCAAUGUCAAUCCGCCUUUCAAAACUUGUAAAUAGGACAAUGAAAGAGGAUCUUGCUAACAGUGGAUAUCAUUAUCCAUUUAUCAUGGAAUUUGCCAAUGCAGCACUUAACUGUAAUUAUGGACAAUCUGUUAAGGAGAUGAGAGCUUUUGCGGGCUUUGUGGGACUAGCUGGGUUUGUAUCUGGGCUUUACUCAGUUAAUGGUUCGAAUAAACUUAUUGUCGAGAAACUGAUCGACUACUCCAAAAUUAAAUUGAUUAGUGCAGAAGUGGCGGCAAUUUCCAAACGAAAUGAUCAAUUUGUGUUAUAUGGAAGUGAUGGCCAGGAACUUGACACUAAUUACAAUUAUGUCAUUGUUGCCGUACCAUUACAUCAAAAGCAACAAAUUCAAAUAGAAGGUGUAAACUGGGAAGGCCAACGUGGCAAAUUCAAACAAAUUACCGCAACGUUUGUAGAGGUUCUUUUUGGAUCAUAUGUUACUUCAUAUGCUCGCAUAUCCUCCUUUAGAUUCCGUUUUGCUGCUAGUGGAUCAUUGCGCGCAUCACAUUGGUCAUUAUCUAAGAAUGAUAUGUUGACUGCAGUAAUUUCGUGCAACAACAGUUUGUCAUACAACGCAAUAGCACAGAUUUUACCUGUUGAUUAUCAAGAAAGUGAAUCUUUGCCGAGAACGGAUUCGAAUAAAAUAUGGAAAAUAUUUUCCAGUAAAAACCUAACUGACUCAGACUUGUCGCUUUACUUUAGUGAAAUCAAAAAUAUUAAAAGGGUUUCAUUUCUGGCAUACCCAGAAUACAAGAAAUAUCCUGCUGAUCGCCCUAAAUUCCGUUUAACGAAAAAUAUCUGUUUCGUGAAUGCAAUAGAAUGGUUAGCAAGUGCUAUCGAAAUGAGCGCCAUUGGUGGUCGUAAUUGCAUUAACAUGCUUUUAAGAGAUUUUGAACUUAUUGAAAUUAAUAAAAGCACAAAAACGAAACUAUAUCUAUUGCAGAAAAAUGGCGGUAAAGAGUUGGGACAGUAUGCGAUGGGGAAAAUGGUUCGUUGUUGGUGGAGCAUGUAUUGCAAGUGGUGCCGCUCUUUGGUGACAAUUAAUGGUUCAAAAAACGGCGUUCGGCCAACUGCUUCUGUUGCUCCAUAUCCAGUCCUUUUUCCAGGUAUGCAAAGUUCGAAGGAGGUAAAGGAUAAGGGCAAUGAAUAUUUCAAGCAGUGCUCUUAUAGGAAAGCUACUGAAGCUUUUACAGAAGCUAUCAAUCUUUGUCCACCAGAGUACAAAAGCCAUCUUGCUGUAUGUUAUCAAAAUCGGGCUGCUGCCUAUGAUAGAUUGGGAGAUCCGGAGCGGUCAAUCAUGGAUUGCACAAAAGCAUUGGAGUUAGAUCCACUUUAUUUUAAGGCCGUAGUUCGACGGGCAAAAGCAUACCUAUCACUCGGUAGACCGGAGGAAGCACUAGAUGAUCUUACCUGUGCUUUCGUCAUGAACCCGGAAGCGUCAGAAUCACUUAAGACGGAUGUUGAUAGUGCAGUUGCACUUGCUGCUGCCAGUUUGGUUGAACACGUAAAGAAUACACGAGAAUCCGUACCAGUAAGAGACGAGUUAGUGUUGUUGUGGCGUAGUUCGUAUGUCAAUGACCCAAUAUUACAUGAUUUGAAAGAAGAAUCUCAUUCUCUUAGUCCGUAUCAUCAAGCACUAGAAGCAAUACGGCAAAGGCAUUACGAGGAAGUUAUACCUCUUAUUGAGAAUGAUUUAAGGAUACAGCAUUCAGAUCCAAAUCACUUAAAUGUUACUUUUAUUCUUCGUGAUUAUAUACUUCAGGCACGUUUUGCUCUGAUGAAAGAAAACGUAACGUCAUUGAAAAAAACCUUAGCUGCUUUUGACCAUAUGUGGAAUACGUUGAGCGAGGAUUCUCGGUGUGAGAUAACCAAUAAACGUUUUCGAUCAAUGUAUCACAUUUUGCUUGCAGCCUGGAAAAUUCUUGAACACUGCAGCGAUGUUGAGAGUGAAUUCAACCAUGCCGUAGAAAUUGAUCAAACUAAUGUCGAUAUUUAUUUGGGUGCCGCUUUAUUGUUAUCUGAAAAUGGACAGUUGCAAGAAGCAAUUGAUUAUUUAGAUCAACUUAAUAAAAUUGAUCCAGCACAUCAUCUGGUCAAGCAUAUGAGAGCAAACUGUAAAAUGGCUUUGAAAGCUUCGGUGGGUGAUGUUGGAGGUGCUGUUGCAUGUAUGGCAAAAGUUGAUCAGCUUCUACAAAUGAACCAAAAUGCUGAUCCAGUACUUUAUCUUAUUACUGGACGGCUCUAUUACGCAGCUCAAAAUAAAGAAUUAGCGAAAGCCUCAUUUAAAAAAGCUGCUGAAGGUAUUCCUGAUUAUGCUGCACCGAUGUUUUAUCUUGCAAUGGUAGAGGCAGAAGAGAUGGAGGGUUCUCCGAAUCAAAUGGCGGUGCUGGAGUCGAAAAUGAAGAUAUGUUUAGAAAGAGAAAAGGCUAAUCCAGAUGCUUUAGCUAUUCUAGCAAAAAUAGCAUUUCAAAAACAGCAACUUGAUGAGGCUUUGCGUUUAUAUGAACAGUGUAUUGAAGUAUGUCCUGUUCAUACAAAUGAAGCAUCACUUCUUCCAGCUGUAACAGAUUACGUACAAAUACGUUCUCUGCGUAAGGCAGUUGAAACAUUACAACGAACUACUGCACUACCAGUUGAUGCAUCGUGUAGUGUACGUUAG